AUGAUACUAAACUUUUUUGACCAAUUUGCCAGCCAAUCCUUACUUGGAAUCCCUUUAAUUGCCAUUGCAAUAUUAGUACCAUGACUUCUAUUUCCCUCCCCUUACAAACGAUGGUUAAAUAAUCGAUUAAUUACCUUUCAAUACUGAUUUAUUUCUCGCGCUACAAGUCAAUUAAUACUACCACUAAACAUUAAUGCACAUAAGUGAGCCCUUAUUCUAAUAGCACUGCUUUUAUUCUUAAUCAUACUUAAUUUACUAGGCCUAUUGCCGUAUACUUUCACGCCAACCACCCAACUAUCUAUAAAUAUAGCACUAGCCGUACCAUUAUGAUUAGCCACAGUACUUAUUGGCAUACGCAAUCAACCAACACACUCCAUAGCUCAUCUUCUACCAGAAGGCACACCGACACUUUUAAUCCCUAUCCUUAUUAUUAUUGAAACUAUCAGUUUAUUUAUCCGCCCUUUAGCCCUGGGGGUUCGACUAACAGCAAAUUUAACUGCAGGUCACCUUCUUAUUCAGCUAAUCUCCACUGCAACUUUCGUCAUACUUUCAUUUAUACCUACUAUUGCAAUAUUAACCUUUAUUGUAUUAGCACUACUUACCUUAUUAGAGAUUGCUGUCGCAAUAAUUCAAGCAUAUGUAU